AUGAGCGACAACGAGGCCGACCAUUCGCCACCCGCCUUACACGAGCCCGCGUCCGAUCAGCAGCUCCCGCCGCCAACCGAGCCGAAGCCAACGUCGAAGGACCCCUCGCGGGAGGAUGAGGCUGCAGGCGAGGCGGAGGAGGCGGGCGCGGCGGAGGUCCAAGGGCAGCAGGUCGGGACCGACGACGUCCCCAGCGCGGCUGCUGGUGCGAUGGACACGUCUGCGGAGGAAGGCUCGUCGGAGGGCUCUAUCGUGCUCGAGGUCGGCGGGGAGGGGAUGGGCGGCUCGGGCGAUACGUCCGCCAGCGACGAGAGCGACGACUGGACCGAGGGCGACAACCACGAGAUGAAGCGCGUCAAGGUUUACGAGCUCGUCGGCGCGCGUUGGGUUGAUCAGGGCACCGCGUUCUGCUCCGGCCACUUCGACGAGAACACGAACGAAGCCUUUCUGAUCGCUCGCUCGGAGGCGGACUAUAACAACGUGAUCCUGACCACUACCAUUCGUUCGAACGAUGUCUAUCAGCGGCAGCAAGAGACCCUUAUCGUCUGGACCGAGCCCGACGGUGCCGACUACGCCCUGAGCUUCCAGGAUCCAGAAGGCUGCGCCGAGGUCUGGAACUUCAUCCUCGAAGUUCAGCGCAUGAUGAACGAUCCCAACGACCAGCUCGUUACGUCGUCGCCGGUCAUUGGACCUGAGCCUUCCAUCACAACAACGAGCAUCAUCCGCUCGGGACGACUACCACUGCCGCAAAUAGGUAUCGUCGAAGACAUCGACCGCGCUAUCAAGGCCCUUGCACGAACACCAAGUCUCAGAGAGCGUGUGGUCGAGCAUGUACAAUCAGAGGGUUACGUCAAGCAUAUGAUCGACCUGUACAACCAGUGCGAAGACCUCGAGAGUUUGGAAAAUCUACAUGCGUUAUGUGGCCUUAUGCAAACUCUGCUACUCCUAAACGACCAUACCCUCUUCGAGCACAUCCUGGAUGACGAACUAUUCUUCGGUGUCAUUGGGAUCCUCGAAUACGACCCCGAGUUCCCUUCGUACAAAGCGAACUACCGCGAAUUCCUUACCUCCACUACACAAUUCCACCAACCCGUCACCAUCCGCGACCCCGCUAUUCAGCGCAAGGUGCACCAUACGUACCGCCUUCAGUUCUUGAAGGACGUCGUGCUCGCUCGCGCGAUCGACGACGCCACGUUCAACGUGCUUAACUCGUGCAUCGUCUUCAACCAGAUUGACAUCAUCAACUACGUCCAGAACGACCCAUACUUCCUCAGGGACGUUGUCAAGCUCUUCGUUGAAGGCGACAUGGCCGACAUCGUCGGCCCGCCGCCACCGACGAUCACAAAGACGGCCGAGGGUGUGACUGUGAAGACGGAGCCGAACGGCACCAACGGGCUCUCGUCCGCGCCAGACGAAACCACAUCGGAGCCGCUCUCGCCCGAGGCGGAGGCGCAACGCAGGCGAGAGGUUAUUCUUCUCGUGCAACACCUGUGUGCGAUGGGGAAGAACGUGCAGCUCCCACAGCGCAUGGCGCUCUUCCGGACACUCGUCGAUCGCGGCGUGCUCUGCGCCGUACAGUGGGCGUUGUCGUGCAGCGAGCGGGAGGAGCACGGACGUGCGAUGGUUACUGCCGGAGGAGAGAUCCUAUCUACGCUAUUGGACCACGACCUCAACGGCGUGCGGGGUCACGUCGUGAAGCAGGUGCAGGCAGCGGAGAGGAGACGCGCUGCUGCCACCGCGGCUGGAGGCGCGAACGCGAACGCGGCGUUGCAGGGGCCGGUAGAAACGGUGCUGCUGGUCGUGUGCAGGAUCAUGGCGGCCAGUCGCGACCUCGCGAUUCAGAGCUUGGUAGGGGAUGCGCUCAAGGUGCUGCUCGAGAUCUCUCAGGACGGCGACAAUCACCCGGCCGUUGCGGUGAAGAUGCUCUCGAGGGCGAAGGACGACCCUGGCACGGAGAAGUUCAUGGACUACUUCUACAAGCAAUGCAUCGAGACGCUCUUCAAGCCGUUCGGGGACAUACCCGAGUUCAAGGGCCUCACCGGGAUAAACACCUACGGCUGGGAGAACAUCAAGGAUCUCAUAGCUCAGUGUAUGACUAAACACGAGCAGGAAGUUCGGACGCUGUCCGAUUCGCACCUCGGGGGCACUCGCUUCAGGAUGUUCAUCCGUCGUUGGGAGAUGAACAACGAGCCGCCACCACCGGAGGAGGCGAAAGUUGAGAAGUACGUGUACAGGCCUCGCCAUAUGCGCCACCGUGCUCAGAGAUUACCUAGACCUACCCCGGACUCCAGAACCUGGGGGCAGGGCAAAGUGAUGGACGCGGAAGAAGAGGAUUACUUCAACGCCGACGACGACGACGAUCUCCCGACAACCUCAACCCCUCCUCGAUGGCAAACCAACGUCAUCAUCGGCACGCUCAAGCGCAAGCGCCCGCGAGGCGCCGCGGCCUUGCGCCAUGGCCGUCCUGCGACACCCACACCACCCACGCCUCCUCUAGGAAGCCUGGUGGACUACGACGACGACGACGAGCAGCCGCCAAACGGCGAAGCCAGCCCCUUCCGCCCCUCCGCCAAUUCCUCCCCCCACCGCAACCUCCAGCCCAUCGGCUCCCCCCAGCAACCGUCAUCCCCCACCGACGCCUCUGCCAGCCCGCGCCUGUCUCACAGACAAGCGGCCUCCCCUAAACGAUCCCCCAAACCCAAUUCGUCGGACGAUGAGGACGACUCACAGGAUUCGCUUCUGGAAAGAAGCACAUCCCCGCAGAUGCUCGCAGAGAAGCUCAUGACCCCGUUGAUGGGGCCUUUACCCUCCGGAUUGAGCGGUAAACGGCGAAGAGACGAAGAGGAGGAAGACGGCUUGCUCGAGCGCAUAUCAAAAGUCAAGCGACCAAGCUUACAGCGCUCGGACUCGACGGACGCCGCUCGACCCGCCUCGCCGAAGCCAGGCGAGGACCACCAGCCCAAAAAGUUCAAGGUCAAGUUGGGCUCCGUCGGGAAAGCUUUGACCACCGGAUCGCCACAAACACCUUCGGAUUCACCAAAUCCCGGUCCCAAAGACGGGGACUGCGGUUAA